AUGCCCGGACGAGAUUUGUUGUUGUUUUACGUGUUGCUGGUCGCGCCGAUUUCCAUCGCUUUAUUCCUGCACGGUUUUUUCCCCAUCACUCGUCAUGCCGAUGCGAUUGCCUCGCAGUCGGAUGUCCCGGAGUACGUCGGUGACUUGAGUGUAAAGAAACAUGAAUUAUACAAGCCAGUGGUAACGAGAUUGAUAAUCAUAAUAAUUGACGGGCUAAGAUGGGAUUUUGUCGCGAGUUCGACGGGAAGAGCUGCCAUGCCGUUGACGAAUAGUCUACUGGCAAACUCUUCCGGAUGCUUACUAAAAGCUAAAUUGCAGCCGCCGACCGUGACGAUGCCUAGAAUAAAAGCGAUGAUGACUGGUACUGUGCCGAACUUUAUAGAUAUAGUACUGAACUUUGGGAGUAAGCCUCUGCACAGCGACAGUCUAUUGCUUCAAGCGAAAAGGCACGGGCAAGGAUUGGUAUUUUAUGGAGAUGAUACUUGGCUCUCUCUGUUUCCCCAAACAUUUGAUCGUCACGAUGGCACUACCUCAUUCUUUGUUACAGAUUUUACAGAGGUAGAUAAUAAUGUAACUCGACACAUACAAGAUGAGUUGAGUUACGAUGAUUGGACUGUGAUGAUUCUUCAUUAUCUUGGAUUAGACCAUAUCGGUCAUGUUGAAGGUCCAUUUGGCGCUUCGAUUAAACCUAAACUACAAGAAAUGGAUGAAAUUGUCGCUCAAAUAGCUCAAAAAGUGCAGGAUUGGAACAACAAUGGAGUACCCGCACUUUUUAUCGUCUGCGGCGAUCAUGGAAUGAAGGAUUCGGGUGGCCACGGUGGUUCAACGCCGCAAGAGACGACGGUGCCGUUUGUUACUAUAGGAGGAACUCGCUGUUUGCGUCAAGAAAACGGUGAAGCUAUUGAGGUUGAGCAACUUGAUGUAGCGGCGACAUUGUCGACCGUUCUAGGAUUACCUAUUCCUUCCACGAACCUCGGUUCCGUGUUCCUGGACAGCAUUUACAAUCUCGACGAUGCUAAGCGGCUCUUCCUCCUCCAUUACAACUCGAGGCAGGUACUUGACUGUUUCCGGAAACUCGCUCACCAUGAGUCGCAAAUUGAACACGUAUACCAGAAGUAUUUAGACACCGUGAACUUGCACGCCGCUUGGUUGAACGCGAGCGAGACCCAGAGUGGGAUGGUCGAAAAUAUCAUCUUGUCUUAUAAUACGAUCCUUAAGGAAAUGAAAGACACUUUAAUUAGUAGCAUAAUCAAAUACGAUUUUCGUCCGAUGGCCGUUGCCGUGCUCUUCCUGUGCCAAAUACUCAUCAUCUUGUUUUUUGUACAAACCGCUGUUUGGACUACGCAUAAAAAGACCGCAUCGUUUUUCUUGAUGCGAUGUUUGUUGUGUCUAGGAGUAUAUUAUUUUUUUAGUCUUGGAAACAUAACUUCUUUCUACCCGACGAGUAUAUUUAAUGCUCUGUUGUUCCUGCUAGUUAUCGGCAUUUUAUAUAUUAACUGUGAUUUUUGUAUAAACAGUGAUUUAUCUUUAACGGAGUUCACGAAGGGACCAAGGAUACGCGGAAUAUUCCAAAUCGGUGCGUUAUUGCAUACAGUGAGCUUUGGCGGCAGCAGUUUUAUUGAGGAGGAACAUCAGACAUGGUACUUCCUCUGGGCUAGUACAAUUACAUACUUCUUUUAUCGUUAUUCCACAAAAUUGCUGGCGCAUUAUCGAUACGGUCUUACGAGCGUUAAAGUGCGAACAGGGAUGAAUCCAAGUUGUGACGAUACUAGACAUCAAGCAGAACUUUGCGUUAAAUUGUUUCUACUAUUGAUCGGGCACAGAGUUCUGCGAAAGCUAAACAGCACCGGCGACAAAUGGGCCCAUCUGCCCGACGUAGCCCGCUGGUUGAAGGAGGAUGACAGCGAAGUUGGAAUGACUUUCCUGCUUCUAGCUGCACUCGUUCUUCUAAUCUGGAUUGCGUACAAAUGCGAAUCUAAAGAAUACAGACGGCAAUCGUUGUUUCUUAAUUCGGUUAUCGCGGCAUGUAUGUAUCUUCGUCACAUGUCCAACAGUGCUGUGGUGAAAAUUCCAUUGUAUCCCUCGUCGAGUGGAGUAUACGAGGUGCAGGUGUUUUGGGGGCUAACGGCGCUGUCUCUGCUAAGCUACGGCUAUCGAGCAAUAUUGAUAAUUAAACGCGAUAAACAGCGUUUCGCGAGCACGAUGCUGUUCUUUAUUGUGAACACGUGGGUGACGAUCUCAGCAAUGCUGCACCAGCCGUAUAACGUAAUCCUGUUGCCGAUGCAAAUCGUUGCGAGCUCGACGAUCGACGCUGUAUUGAGAGAAAACGAUUUACUCGAUCUCGGAAUCCUCGUGCAUUAUUGGCUGGGCAAUGUAUUUUAUUUCUAUCAGGGAAAUUCCAAUAGCCUCGCAAGUAUAGACGUCGCGGCCGGAUAUGUCGGUCUGCGUUCCUACAUGCCCUUUGUCACCGGUGUGUACUUAAUCGUCAAUACUUAUUCCGCGCCUGUCCUAGCUUACUUCCUGCUCGUUUAUUAUCGGCAGCUGAAUCAAACGUAUUGCGCAAACGUUGUCGCGCGCACGAGCAGAAUUUAUAUCGCGUGGAGGCUGCUAACGAUAACCAUCUACAUGAUCAUUGUCACCAGUCAGCGUCAUCAUCUGUUCGUAUGGUCGGUGUUCUCGCCAAAAUUGUUGUACGAGGCGACGUACUCCGUGAUUAUGUGUUGCAGUGCUUUAUUGACAUUGAUCCUGAUUGCCAUGCAAUCUGCAGUGAUUUCUAAUUACGCAUCAUACAAGAAUUAAGGCUGCACGGUUCCGUAGAAACUGUACACAGGUAUUUGUAUAAAUAAAUUAUAUUUUUUGUAAUAUUU